AUGGAGCUAACUGACAGGGCCAUUUAUUCCUUAUUAGAGUUGCCUACUGCAACCCAAGUUGAGAAUGACUAUAGACAGCAGCAAAAAGGGUCUUCUUCCAGGCCCUCUCUUUCUUGCUGUGUGGCAAUAGCUUUGGGACUUCUGACCAUAACUCUUUUGAGUUUAUUGCUAUACCAGUGGAUUUUGUGCCAGGGUUCUACCUACUCCAAUUGUGCCAAUUGUUCAAGCUGCCCAGACCUCUGGGUGAGGUUUGGUGACCAUUGUUACUACUUCUCGGUAGAGAAAGAGGACUGGAAUUCUAGUCUGCAAUUCUGCUUAGCCAAAGACGCAUAUCUCCUUAUGCUUAAGGAUAAUCAGGAAAUGAGCCUCCUCAAACAUUUCCUCAGUAAUAAUUUUUACUGGGUUGGUCUGAGGAACAGUGCUGGUUGGAGGUGGGAAGAUGGAUCGACCCUAAACUUCUCAAGGAUUAUUUCCAACAGCUUGGUACAGACGUGUGGGGCCAUCAACAAAGAUGGUCUCCAAGCUUCUAGCUGUGAAGUUCUUUUACAAUGGGUCUGUAAGAAAGACAGACUUUGA